AAUCAAAACAAAGGCAGCAGUGUUUCUCAUGACAUGGGCUAUCACGUACCGUAACGCGUUGACGUCACGUCAGCACGUCAGAGCGUCAGGGAAGUGAAGUGAACACGUGGUUUAGAGCUUUCCACGUUUCUCCACAGAGUGACAAUCGUUUCAGACAGCUUUGAUCAGUUCUAUAGCAGAAGAAUGGCAGUCCGUGCGUCAUUUGAAAAGAAUAAUGAGAUUGGAUGCUUCGCCAAGCUCACAAACACAUAUUGCUUGGUAGCGAUUGGCGGUUCAGAAAACUUUUACAGUGUCUUUGAAGGUGAACUGUCAGAAACAAUACCAGUUGUUCAUGCUUCUAUAGCAGGAUGUCGAAUCAUUGGCAGAAUGUGUGUGGGAAAUCGUCAUGGUCUCUUGGUGCCUAACAACACAACAGAUCAAGAGUUACAGCACAUCAGGAACAGCCUGCCAGAAUCCGUGCGGAUUCAGAGAGUAGAAGAGCGUCUUUCUGCGCUGGGCAACGUCGUCGCUUGUAACGACUAUGUUGCUCUUGUUCAUCCUGACCUUGACAGAGAAACGGAAGAGAUUCUUGCAGACACUCUAAAGGUGGAAGUGUUCCGGCAGACGAUUGCAGAGCAGGUGCUUGUGGGUAGUUACUGCACCUUCAGUAACCAGGGAGGCCUCGUCCACCCCAAAACCUCCAUAGAAGAUCAAGAUGAACUCUCAUCACUCCUGCAAGUGCCUUUAGUGGCUGGAACGAUCAAUCGUGGUAGUGAGGUGAUCGCUGCUGGUAUGGUGGUGAACGACUGGUGUGCUUUCUGUGGACUAGACACCACGAGCACUGAGCUGUCCGUCAUCGAGAGCGUCUUCAGACUGAGCGAAACGCAGCCCAGCGCCAUCGCAACUACUAUGAGAGACUCGCUCAUCGACAGUCUCACUUAAAACUGAAAUGGUUUGGAAGUCUUUGGAUAUUUGCAGGAAGAUGCCUGAAUGGACCUGGAAGUCAAUAUGAAAUGGUUUGAAGGCUGAUUAUGUCUCCCUUCAGUGAGAAACGCACUCUUGCCUUCAUGCCAUGAGGAAACGUGUUGUCAUUGUAAUAUUCAUGUAUGAACUGCCUGUCACACUCUUUUUGUAAAAUACCAAGAUAAAAAAAACCUUGUUGAUCAGCUGCUUUUAUCUAAGUCAAUCACUUCACAGACCACUUCAAAUAAAAUAAGAUCACGUUCUUUAAAUGGUGAAAAAUGUAGAAUUUGGUUCCUUGCAGCAUCAAUAAAGCUGUGCAUGAUCAA